AUGACCGAGCUGCACCAAGCUGCUGCAGCAGGAGAUUACCAAAAGGUUGAAGAACUUCUGACGCAGCAGAAAUGCUGCCCCAAUGAGAGAGACGUGGACUGGAGCUACAAGACUCCUCUGCACUGGGCAGCAGCCAAAGGACAUGCAGAGAUCGUCAGGCUCCUCGUUGAGCACGGCGCCAGGCCGUGUCUAAAAACAGAGCACGGAUGGACUCCGGCCCACUUUGCAGCAGAGUCCGGCCGGCUGGCGGUGCUGCGGCUGCUGCACUCCCUCCACGCACCGAUCGACAAGGAGGACUGCUGCGGAGACAAACCAGUGAGGCUGGCCCAAAUAUACGGACACCGAGACUGUGCUCGGUUCCUUAAAAGAGCGGAGACAGAGAGCCAGGCCUACCGCAGGAAAGCGGCUCAAGAAGGGAUUUCCAUGGAUGAUACAGAUGAGGAAUGGGCCGAACAAAGCAACGUUAAUUAA